AUGCCUGAUGGUGAAGAUUUGUUGAAAGUUGGUAAAUUUAAUUUUGUUGAUUUAGCAGGAUCAGAAUGUAUUGCUCGUACAGGUGCUGAAAACAAACAUGCAAAAGAAGCUGGAGUAAUUAACAAAAGCUUGUUAACACUUGGUCGAUGUAUUAAUAAUCUUAAUGGACAUUCUCUACAUAUUCCCUAUAGAGAAAGUAAAUUGACAAGAUUAUUACAAGACUCACUUGGAGGUAGAACCAAAACUUGUAUUAUUGCAACCAUAUCUCCAGUAAGAUUGAGCCUUGAGGAGACCAUAUCAACAUUGGAUUAUGCAACUCGUGCUAAAAAUAUUCGUAAUAAGCCAGUUGCUAAUCAGCGUGUGACUAAAAAGGCAUUGAUUCAAGAAUAUAUAUACCAAAUUGAACGUCUUAAAGCAGAUUUAUCA